UUGUGCAUUGCUGUCUCGGAUUGCUAAAUAUGUUGACAUUUUCCGGAGGCAGAGAAGAAAAGAAUCGGUUGUAUACCGGGCGGUGUCGGGUUUUCCGACCUCUACCGGCUGUAGUUAUGUUAUCAUUCCACACUUCCGGUGAAAAAUUGGCGGGAGCUACAUUUUGACAGCAAACAUGGACACCGAAAUUGCCAAAGUAAACAACGGCGAUCUAAGGUCAUUGGAGGAUAUAAAAUUGGUAAUGGAAUAUGCUAAGAUAGACCCAGCAGAAGUAAAGCCUGCUAUCCAGAGCAUCUACUUUUCAGAGGAGUUGGACAAUGAUGCUGUCAAACUAUUGGAAGUAGAUGACUCUGUGUUGACAGCUCUGGAGACUGGAGAUGAGUUAGUAAUUCGAGGAGAGAAAACUGAAGGUGCAGUGCUGUGUACCGCUGGCAAGACAUAUGACAUAAAGGAGGCAGAGAUAUCCAACUGCAUGCUGUUACUACCAGAGAUGGUUUUGAGCCAGGACCUGCCUGACAAAGGAGAACAAGUCGUCAAUUACAGACAGGUGACCUCUGUAUUACACAACUACUUCGAGCUGCGACCAUGUAAACCAAAGGUGAAGAAGUUGAAGUUGUUACUGGAGAGAAACAUGUACAAUGGCAAGGAGAGUGAGGAGGACGAGGAGCACAUGGCUCAGAAGUACACCUUCCAAGAUCUCCUGAAUUUAGUGCAGGCAAGUGAAGCAGAGAUCACAGUAGCUCUAAAGAAACUACAGGCAUGUAACCUCGAGGGGUAUUGGCGCGUGUUACAUUUUGAUUUCUUAACCCAAGUUCUUAACCAUAUCAUACAACUGUCGGAGGAGAAUGACUGGCUGAAGAAUGGUCUCCCCUUGGAAGACUGCUGCCAGACGUUAGAGGAGCUCUUUCCUAGGCCAGUUAUAGAACAUGUCAUUAAUUGUUAUGCAGACAAAAUCUCCUCAACAACUAAUACUGAAGAUGAAGACUCCCGCAUGGAAAUAGAUACAGCCUUUUACACACUGAAUGAGGACAAAAUAUGCAAAUUCUUUGCUGAGCUGUGUCUUCGAAAUUCUGGAAAAUUUAACCUACAAGAGUUCUUAUCUGUGUGGGAGCAGAGUGUACCAUCAGGGAUGAAGACAUAUCUUCACCAAGUAGAGGGUAUGGCACUGAUCGAUCGUAGCAGUAAGCCGGAGGUCAUAUGGUACUUUCCUGUUGAAAAUCUCCCAGAGGAUGUCGCUGAACGUUUUGAUGCACUCUUCAGGACUCGGGAAAAGUGGACUUUAGAUGAAAUCUCACCAUUUGUUUGUGACCUGACGACAGUGAAGGUAGAUGUAGGAGGAUUACUGCUCAAAUACGCACGUUCUUCGUUACAAAACGGUAUCAAGGUGUUCAACUCCAGAAAAAUUGUCUCAUGAGAGCAUACACCAUAAUUGUAUCUGUUGGCAGCAAGCUUUGUUGGUACGCAUUCCUCAUUACAGGACUAAAAAUUGUGGAACAAUUUGAAUUGUGCUCAACUGAAUUGAUGCCAGGCAAUUAAAUUGUGAAUAGAAA